AUGUCUCUUCCACCAUUCGUCACAAGAUGUUUUAAUAAAUCGAUCGAGAACUCCGAAUGUCCCGAGAUUUCAUACCUUUCCCUUUUCCCGCACAUCGCUUUUCUUCUCCUUUUACCAUUUCAAAUUUUCACCCUACAUUUUAAACGUAAACAAUCGUAUAAACCCGGAAAAUGGAUCCUCCUGGAAAUGACUUUUUUCCUAUGCAUAAUCUUGAUCUCAUUGUUGGAGAUUGCUUUAAAGCACAAAGAUUUAUUCGCACUCGAAAUCGCUUUGAUCUCAUUGAUUGCAUUUACUAUGUGCUUAGCUUUGUUAUCGUUAUUGAUCUCGGAUUAUGCGAAAAGGCGUUAUAAUGGAUUGGUGAUCACGUAUCUUUUGGCAGAAUUUUGCUUUAAAGCAUGUUUAUUGCUGAAAAUGAGUUUAAGAGGUGAAAAAUUCCCCAUCUACGAGGCACUACGCGCCAUUUUUCUUUUACUUUUGAAUGUGGCUCUUUUGCGACCGUUGAACGAUGAUAAAGUCGUUUUGGACACAUGUCCAUCCGAUUACACGGGAUUUCAUCGAACUCUCCUCAUCUCAUGGUUCACUCACCUUGUUUCAUUGGGUUAUAAAAAGUCGCUGAUCAUGGACGAUUUAUUCAAAUUGCCACUUGAGGGCUCGUCGAAAGCGUUGAUGAAAAGAUGGAAGAAGAAUUGGGAAUACGAAAUCAAGACUCAUCCGAUCUCUCCGUCGAUUUUCCUAGCGAUUUGUCGAUGUUUUCAACGCUUUUUACUCUUCAUUUCGGCUUUACGCUUUUUUGGCGAUGUGAUUUUCGUUUUCAUGAAUCCUCUGCUUCUUGGUUGGUUGAUCUCAAGUGUCUCCACCCCAUCCUCGCCGAUUUCUUUCGCUCUCCUUUGUGCAAUCGGUCUUUUCUUGAUCUCUGAAAUGAGAUCACUUCUUAACAGUUAUUAUAUUCAUGGAGCGUUGCGGUUUACAGUUUACGUACAGACAAUUCUCUCGAAUUCGAUUUUUCAAAAGACGCUCAACCUUUCCCCAGCGUCACGUGGAGAUCACACAGUGGGCGAAUUGGUUAAUCUGAUGGCGGUUGACCUUGAAAAGAUCAGCGCUUUCGUUCCAUUUGCCACGGAAGCGAUUUCAACCCCGUUACAGUUAUUGCUCUCGAUGGGUGUGCUCACGACGGUUCUCGGAGCGCCAGCAUUGGGCGGACUGGCCGUUGUCCUCAUUGUGAUCGUUCUCAAUCUCGUCGCCACUCGUUUCAUCAAAUAUUUUCAAGUGAAACAAAUGGUGGUGAAAGAUGAGAGAUCGAAGAUGUGCAAUGAAAUCAAGUAUAUCAAUGAUUUGUUUUCGGUGGGAAUUCUGAAAAGGAUGAGCUUGGUGGCGCGAGUGAUUGAUGCGAUCAACGCUGCUUCACCUUUUUUGGUUGCAAUGAUCGUUUUUGGUAUCGUUGUUUUCACUUCAUCUGGCUCCACACUGACGCCAGAAGUGGUUUUCGUGGCUCUUUCGAUUUUCAACCAGCUAAAAUUACCAAUGAGACUUUUUGCAUUGACGUACACCUACAUGGUUCAGGCUCGAGUCUCUCAAAAGCGAAUCGAGCGUUUCCUAGCCGAAGAGGAGAUCGCUUCUUUAGAGAUUCCGCCAGCCACUCCCGGAUUGGCGAUUGAUAUUUUAAAGGCAAAUUUCAAUUGGUCUGGUUUAAUGGAUGAGGCUUCUUUAUCAAGCGUGAGUCUUUCCGUUCGCAAGGGGGAAUUCGUCGGAAUCGUCGGCGAGGUCGGCGCCGGGAAGAGCUCGCUUUUAGCGGCUAUUCUGGGUGAGAUGGUUCAUUUGGAUGGUCAGAUUCGAAUUUCGGGUAAUCUCGCCUAUGCUCCUCAGCAACCGUGGAUCCAGAAUACAACAUUGAGAAAUAAUAUCACGCUUGGAAAAGAUUUUAACCGCAAAUUGUAUAAGAAAGUGUUGCACGUGUCGGAGUUGGAGAGCGAUUUCGCUCAAAUGGAGCACGGAGAUUUGACGGAAAUUGGAGAGAAUGGAGUGACGCUGUCGGGUGGGCAAAAAGCGCGGGUGGCUAUUGCGAGAGCGCUGUAUCAGGAAUGCGAUGUUUUACUCUUCGACGAUGUGCUUUCUGCUGUCGAUGCCCAUGUAGGAGCGGCGAUUUUCGCGAAAAUUUUCUCUCAAUCCGGAAUGCUCAGAAAUCACACAAGACUCCUUGUCACACAUGGUCUUCAUUACACAAAGAGCUGCGAUCGGGUGAUUGUCAUGGAGAAGGGGGGAAUUCAUGCGAUUGGAACUUAUCAAGAGCUUGAGAAAUCCGAUCCACUUUUCAUUAAACUUUUGAUGAAGGAAAAGGAGAAUAAAUUAGAGAACAAGCGGGAAGAUCAGGAGAUUGAAGAAAACGAGCCAGCAAAAGUUCGGAAAAGGAUCACUUCAGUUGGGUCUUCAGUCUUGAGCGGUGACGAAGAAGAGGGGAAAAUCAUAAAAAAGGAGAAUUUAGAAACGGGACGGGUGUCAACGGUUGUUUAUAUGAAUUACAUCCGAGCGAUGACACUUUUCUUCAGUUUUCUCAUUUUAUUGAGCCAAUUCGCGAGUGUUGGUUUCGCGAUUUGGCGAAGUCUUUGGUUGUCUCAUUGGUCCGAUCAAGCAUUGGAUGGCAUCACUGACAGUCAAACAAAAUAUCGACUAGCCGGCUUUACGAUACUUGGCUUUUUCGAAUCUUUCUGUAUUCUAAUCUCAUCGAUUGGUUUGGUGAUGGGAUGUCAGGGUGCCUCACUGCGCCUCCACUCUCCACUUUUGCACUCGAUUCUUCGCUCACCGAUGACUUUCUUCGACACGACUCCCGUUGGUCGGAUAUUGAAUCGAUUGACUAGAGACCUAGAAGUGAUCGACAACCUUCUACCCUACACGAUUGCGAGUUUGUUGCAAAGUGUGAUGCAAUUGAUUCUUGGUUUGGCGAUGAUCUGUAUCUCGAUUCCACCAUUCAUCGCAGCAGUCAUCCCAUUUCUACUUAUCUAUUUCUUUAUCAUGCGUUAUUUUAUUGCAACAGCUCGUCAACUGAAAAGAAUUGAGAGCAUCAAUCGAUCACCGAUUUUAGCGAAAUUCGGUGAAGCUGUUCAUGGUGCGGCGAGUAUUCGAGCAUUCAAAAGAAUUGAACAAGAAUCAAUGGUGUUCUCGCAUUUCGUCGACGAGUUUGCGCGUUGUCGUUUCCUCUCAUUCACAGCGAAUCGCUGGCUGGGAGUGCGAUUAGAGCUUCUCUGCACAGUCACAACAUUUCUGGCGGCAAUUUUGGGUGUGAUUCUUUCAAGAGUCGGUUCUCUUUCUCCAUCAAUGUUAGGUCUCAGCAUUUCUUACUCAAUGACGAUCUCCGACGUUCUCUAUUUCGGUGUUCGAAUGUUGAGCGAGCUUGAAACAUAUAUCGUUUCGGUUGAGCGAAUCGAUGAAUACUCAAAAUUGGAAGAAGAGAAAGCUUGGCGCCUUCCAAAUCCACCGCCAAGAGAUUGGCCAAACAAUGGGAAGAUCGAAUGGAAAGAUUACUCAUUAAGAUAUCGAUCCGAGCUGCCGUUGGUUUUGCGAAAUUUCACCGCCUCAUCGCAGAGUGCCGAGAAAGUGGCGAUUGUUGGAAGGACUGGAUCGGGUAAAAGCUCUUUGACCAUUGGGUUGUAUCGUUUGGUGGAGCCGGCUGAUGGUUUUCUGAUGAUCGAUGGAGUGAAUGUGGCCGAGAUUGGAUUGCAUGAUCUACGAGAAAGGCUCACUAUAAUUCCACAGGAACCAAUCCUCUUCUCUGGCACAAUUCGAUUCAAUCUCGAUCCCUUUGAUGAACAAUCGGAUGAAGAGAUUUGGAUGGCUUUGGAGGAAUGUCAAUUGAAAGAUUUCAUCUCAUCAACUCCCGAGAAAUUAAACUUUAAAGUAUCGGAGAGUGGUGCGAAUAUGAGCGUUGGUCAACGACAACUGAUCUGUUUGGGUCGAGCAUUGUUGAGGAAGAGUCGAAUUUUGGUGUUAGAUGAGGCAACAGCAGCUUGCGAUCCGUACACGGAUAGCAUCGUGCAAGCAGUCAUCCGUAAGCACUUUGCCACGUCGACCGUCUUGGGAAUCGCUCAUCGACUGGACACAAUUGCCGACUACGAUAGAGUGAUGGUGCUUGCUGAUGGCCGUUUGUGUGAAUUCGAUUCACCUCGACGUCUUCUUGAGAACCCCAAUUCUCUCUACACAAAACUCGUCGAGAAAGCGAAAACACAAAGC